UUUUGUUAAACUGUUUAAUCUGUUAAAAUUAUCACGGAUUUAUAAUAUAAAUCCGUGAAAUUAUCAACUUAUUUAAACCAUGGCUUUAAUCCCUAACCAAAGUUUAGUUUACAAAUAACAAAUUCAUCACUAUUUAGACGUUGAAAUAAUAUAAAUUUCAACGAUUUUAUGCGUGAUAUAUCGUGUUCACGUUUAAACAUGCACACAUGUCUGGUUCCCGGACUUACUCGUAGAUAACACCGAGUAAACAGAAAUCCAGAUUAAACAGAACAAGGAAGUUGUGAUUGUUUUUAAGGAGAGGGCUUUAGUUAUCGAGUUUUAAAAGGCAAAUACUUCGCUUUAAAUUGUUUCGGAAAAUCGGAUAUAUAUAAAAGUACCGAAAAACGUGUAUGUUUGUAAAUUUACUUUUUUUCUUAACACGCUAAUGUUUGGAUUUAAAAAAGAAAGAAAGAAUCAAUGGUGGAUAGGUAAUCGGCAUUGACUGAAAAAUUCAAAUGGCAACCUGUAAAGAUUUUAGCAGAUCCGUGGUAGCAGCAUCUGAUGAAUUGGAGGAAAUUUACUGUGAACCAUGUCUAGAUGGUGGUAAGCAAAUCGAAGCCGAGGGAUUCUGUGUGGACUGUGCGGAAUAUUUAUGUGGACAGUGUUACAAAAUGCACACAAGGUUUAAAGCUUUUAAACACCAUGUGCUUCAAGAUAAUGAUAAGAUGCCACUUGAUUCCCGGAAAUCUCGUGCUCAAGAUGUUUGUGUAGAGAGAUGUGGCAAUCAUCCGACCAAAAUUGUGGAAUAUUUUUGUAGUUCGUGUGACAUGCUUGGAUGCAAUGUUUGUAUAACUGUCAGCCACCGUCAAUGUGAAAAUGUCGACCAUAUACCUGAUAUUGCCAAGGACCUUAACUCGAGUGAAGAAUUCAAAACAUUUUUAAGCAAAUUGGAAAGCAACUAUGACUGCAUAAAUAAAUACACGAGCAGGAUUCAAUUAAAAAUAGAUAUAUCUGAUGAUAUAACGAAACAGGGAAAGGCAGAGUUAAGAAAACAACGUAAUGAAAUAAACAAAUUUUUUGAUCAAUUAGAGGCUGAUGUGGAUAGACGAAUGAGAAACAUGGACAAAUCUAACAAGCAAUCUUUACAAGCUGCUAGUGACACUGCUGACUCGAUUAAUGAUGUUCUUACCAAGAUUAAAACCAGUAUAGAAUCUAAGAAGGAAGCGAAUCAAAAUUGUGAACUUUUUAUAACAAUGAAACAGUCAAAACAAAGCUUCGCUAAAUUAGACAAACAAUAUGAAAAGUUAAGCCAGGAAAGUAGAAUACAGCCAUUCUUUCUUACUCCUGCGAAACAAAUACAAAAUACGAUAGAAAUUGGUAGACUAAGAAUAGCAACCCUUGUGUUAAAAAAUGACAUUGGUGAAGACAACGAUGCGAGCUGGAUAAACGGACUGGCCACAAUUCAAAAUCAUAUUCUUGCAGUUCUUAUAAGCAAACGUAAAACAGUUUAUGUUGUUGAUACACGGAAUACACAAGUAGUGGAUAAAAUAGUCUUACAAUGUAAAAAUGCUUGGAGAAUAACUAGUGUCAAUACCAAUCAACUGGCUGUGUUAAUGUACUCUGAUUACCAAAAUAUUCAGUUUCUGUCAGUGGACUCGUCAGGUAACAUUAGCAAAAAUAAGAAGAUUAAAUUAGAUCGACAGUUUAAUUUCUUCAGAUCGUUUCUUUUCAAGAGUGGAAAGUUCUUUAUGACAGGCUUCAGGGAAAUAGUCAUACUUGAUAUAGUUGGAAACCACUUGAAAACACUCCCGGCACGCUAUGCUACCGAUAUUGGCACUGGUAUUGCAAUCAGUCCGGAUGAAAAAGUCAUAUAUCUUACGGAACCAGCUGAAAACAACGUGACAUCUUUGACAUUAGAUGGCAAAGUCAAUGCAGUCUACAGUGAUAGAUAUAUGAAAAGUCCAGAACAAAUAACAGUAGACAAUGAAGGCUACAUUUACGUUUGUUGUAAAGACAAUAUAUACCAGUUGUCCGGAGAUCUAAGCUAUGGACACAUACUUAUUGACGAUUGGGGUAGUUCCAUAACGUAUUGUAAUAGCAAUCAUAGACUUUAUUCGGGACGCGGAAAAGUUGUUAACGUAUAUGAAAUUGACAAUUGAAAGAACACAUAUACUUUGAAUAAUAUAUUGUUGAGAAAAAAGCCGAGAUGGAGCAAAAUGGAUAGUUAUAAAAAGUAUAAAUAGACUUAAGAUGGAUAAUACUCAGAAAUGUAUGCUAAUCAAUAAAAGUUGUUUCACAUUCCUUUAAUAAACGUUUAGAUUUUUUUAUAAAUACUAGAUCUGAAUAAAUGACACUAUACUGUAUUUUCUAUGACUAUCAUAAGACAUGUUAAAAUACCCUAUGUUGAUAUCUCAAGUGAUUUUAUUGUUAUGCUCUGGACAAAUCUUAAGCAUUUAAAAGGUCAGUCAUUUAAUAAUUUUGAAGGAUGGAGUUAUCAUUUUUCUGCAUUGCACUUCUCCCUCUUCGGAAAGAUUUAUCCUCUUAUUCAAGUUUUAAUUAAAUACAUCGAACACUUUUCUGGACAAACAAAUAAGAAUGACAAAUAACAAAGUGCUACAAGCAAAAAAAUACGAUAAUAGAGUUACCAUUCUUGUGCGGUUCAUUAUUAUCUACAUUCAACUGUUUAACUUUGAAUUGAUUAAAUUUGUUUAUAUUCUUUUAAAGUAUUAUCUUUGUUAUUAUAAUUGAUAGCUACUUUAGUUUUAAGAUAAUUAUUCUUUAUUUUUUUCACGUCAUGUAUGAUCAAGCAUCCUUACUUUUUGAGUUGUUUACUCUUUAAAGUUAAACUUACAAUUUUUAGUUAAUAACUAAUAUACUUUUUGUUCUUUUUUGCCUACUGAAAGAAAUGACUUCAUAUUUCAAAUGAUUGUCUUUUCCAUUACAGCAAAACAUAUGUCUGUUUUACUUUAUUGGCAUGGUCACAUGCAUAUUAUGUGGUGCAUGAAUAUUCAGACAUUUGAAUGCUUUCUUAAUACUGAUACAGAAAUAUAUUAAUUAUUAUCAUAAUUGGUUAUUUUUUUCAUAGUAUUGUCUUCCUUUACUGCGUCCAGUAAUUAAUUAGUCUAGGAUGCUGUCUCCUCUGAGACUACGGUUUGAAGUGUCACUUUAGGGUUAUGUCGAUGUAAAUAAGUACAAUAUCUAUAUUGUUUUGCAUUUUCGGUAUACGUACCUUAUACAGUUGCAAAAAUACUAGUCAUAUGACCGAGUGCUUAAUACAUCGGACUAGUAAUCUAAUGAUCGCUAAUCGCGUGCAUUCAAACCCUGUCAGGAGCAAAUCGUUGUUUCCUUGAGCAAGAA